GGUGCUCGAAGAGAGUUAUUGUGUAUUUAUUGUUCACGGUCGAAUAUUUUUUGUGUAAACAAAUCGAGUAAAAAAUGUUUAUAUGUUAAAAAAACAGCAACAAAUUCAGAAAAUAGUUAGUGAAAAUAGUAAUGAAUUACAAGAAGAUUCGUCAUAAAUUCAUUACAAUAAAAGCCAAAAAUUUGGAUUUGGAAGUCAGCAUAAAUAGGAGUCUUUUUUUAGUUGGUACACUUGUUUGGUCAUAAAAUUACAUAAAUCUGUUAAUCACAAUGGCAGAUGAUGAGAUACUGUUUGACGAUGUUUAUGAAUUGUGUGAAGUUAUUGGCAAGGGACCAUUUUCGAUUGUGCGACGUUGUAUACAUAGAGAAUCUAACCAACAGUUUGCUGUUAAAAUAGUUGAUGUAGCAAAAUUUACUGCAAGUCCUGGACUUAGCACAGCAGAACUAAAUAUACUCAUUACAGAUUUAAAACGUGAAGCCACAAUAUGCCACAUGCUUAAGCAUCCUCAUAUAGUAGAACUAUUAGAGACGUACAGUUCGGAAGGCAUGCUCUACAUGGUAUUCGAGUUUAUGGAGGGUUCAGAUUUGUGUUUCGAGGUGGUACGAAGGGCAGUGGCGGGUUUUGUUUAUAGUGAGGCUGUUGCUUGUCAUUAUAUGCGCCAGAUAUUGGAGGCCUUGCGUUAUUGUCAUGAAAAUGAUAUUUUGCAUCGAGAUGUUAGACCAGCUUGCGCUCUGUUAGCAACAGUCGAUAACUCGGCACCAGUUAAAUUGGGGGGAUUUGGUUCGGCCAUUCAAUUGCCAGGAGGUAGAGAGGCUUUAGAGACUCAUGGUCGAGUAGGAUGUCCGCAUUAUAUGGCUCCAGAGGUUGUAACAAGACGUCUCUAUGGGAAGGGAUGCGAUGUUUGGGGUGCUGGAGUAAUGUUACAUGUUUUACUGUCAGGGCGUCUUCCUUUCCUAGGAUCUGGAGUGCGGUUACAAAAUUCAAUAGCAAGAAGCAGAUUAACGUUUGAAGCGCCAGAAUGGAAAUCAAUAUCUGCGUCAGCAAAAGAUUUGGUGUCUAAGAUGUUGGCAGCUAAUCCCCAUCACAGACUAUCUAUUGCGCAAGUUCUGGAACAUCCAUGGAUAAGAGAUCGAGAUAAACUGCAACGUCAACAUUUGGCUGAUACGGUGGAAGAACUAAAGCGUUACAAUGCUCGACGUAAACUAAAAGGCGCCGUACAGGCCAUUGCCGGUGGCACAACUAUAGAUCCAAUUUUUGGAACCGAUACAGACUCUAUGCCAGUUGCCUCCGCAUCUGAUAUUUUAAAUGAGUGGGCUGACGAAGAAGCCGGCAUAGAAGCUGUGCAACGAAUUUUGGAUUGUCUAGAUGAUAUUUACGCAUUACAAGAUGCUCAUGUAGAUUCAGACGUCUUACGUGAUAUGUUAAGGGAUAAUCGUUUGCACCAACUAUUACAUCUGUUUGACCGCAUUAGUUCAACCGUUGUAUCUCAAAAUCGUGCUCCAACAGCAGAUGCUGUAGCGCGGAGUCGCGAUGUUAUAGAACUAUUAUCUUCCACAAGCGGUAAUAAAUAUCUAAAAGACGAAUUAAUGUUAAUUUUGGUUUCACCUCAUUUACAGGCAUUAUUGCAUACUCAUGAUGUUGUGGCACGAGAUGUUUACGGAGAGGAAGCUCUACGGGUAACGCCGCCUCCGAUGCCUCUUUAUUGCAAUGGAGAAGAUUUGGAAAAUGCAGACACAGCAGAGUUACAGCAUGUAACACGUGUGCGUUUAGUGCAAUUCCAAAAGAACACUGAUGAACCAAUGGGCAUCACUUUAAAAAUGACUGAAGAUGGUCGUUGUUUGGUUGCACGCAUAAUGCACGGUGGCAUGAUUCAUCGACAGGCAACACUACACGUCGGUGACGAGAUACGUGAAAUCAAUGGUCAGUCAGUGCAGAACCAGUCCGUGGGACAAUUGCAACGAAUGCUGCGUGAAGCACGUGGUUCAGUAACCUUUAAAAUAGUUCCUUCUUAUAGAAGUGCUCCCCCUCCAUGUGAGCUUUUUAGGAUAAGACCAGCCCCAGUUCUAAUUUUUGUACGAGCACAAUUUGAUUACAAUCCACUGGAUGAUGAGCUGAUACCGUGUGCACAAGCUGGAAUAGCCUUUCAGGUUGGCGAUAUAUUACAAAUCAUUAGCAAAGAUGAUCAACAUUGGUGGCAAGCCCGUUUAGAUGCUGUUGGUGGUUCAGCUGGCCUAAUACCAUCACCAGAAUUACAAGAGUGGCGUAUACGAUGCCAAACAGUAGACAAAACUAAAAAUGAGCAAGUUAAUUGCUCUAUAUUUGGUCGUAAAAAGAAGCAAUGCCGCGACAAGUAUUUGGCCAAACAUAGUGGCAUAUUUGAUAACUUGGAGUUGGUUACCUAUGAGGAGGUCGUAAAAGUACCAAUAGGUGAUCCGAAUUUUCAACGUAAAACUUUGGUUUUAUUAGGUGCCCAUGGUGUGGGCCGGCGUCAUAUCAAAAAUACUUUAAUUUCCAAAUAUCCAGAUAAAUAUGCCUAUCCAAUACCCCACACUACUAGACCUCCGAAACCUGACGAGGAAAAUGGUCGUAGUUAUUACUUUGUAUCACAUGAUGAAAUGAUGGCCGAUAUUGCAGCAAAUGAAUAUCUAGAGUAUGGUACACACGAGGAUGCUAUGUAUGGCACAAAACUAGAUACUAUUAGACGUAUUCAUACUGAAGGUAAAAUGGCAAUUCUUGAUGUAGAGCCACAAGCGUUGAAAAUAUUACGAACAUCGGAAUUUACACCAUAUGUUGUGUUUAUAGCAGCGCCUUCCUUGCAAAAUAUUGCUGAUUAUGAUGGCAGUUUGGAACGUUUGGCCAAAGAAUCAGACAUGCUGCGGCAAAUGUAUGGUCAUUUCUUUGAUUUGACGAUUGUUAACAAUGAUAUCAGUGAAACUAUAGCAUGUUUAGAGACCGCUAUCGAACGAGUACAAACCACAUCACAAUGGAUACCAGUGUCAUGGAUGUACUGACAAGAUAGUGAGCUGGAAUGUCCCGAUUGCUUAGAAGGUUGCGAUUGCGAAUGGGACGCGUAUACAAAUGGACAAUGUUCGACUGAAAAGUGGCAACAUUUCUAAAACUAGAAAUCAACAAAAAGUGUUUCUGCUCACUUAGUAGUACUACAUAUAAAAAAGAAAUGCAGCACAUACUUUUAAUUAUGUUUAGUAAAAUGUUAAAAAAAUCGAAACAAGUGAUUAAAAAAGGCAACCAAAAAAAAA